AUGGGCCUGAAACACAAGGAGUUCGAAAAGGCCGGCAAAAAAACGGGCCGCCAGAUCUGGAGGAUCGAGAAGAUGGAACUGAUCGAAGUGCCAGAGCCUCUCCAUGGCAACUUCUUUGUGGGUGAUGCCUAUUUAAUACUAAAUACGGUGGACAUGACGCUGUAUAAACUUUACAAUCUGCACUUCUGGUUGGGAAGUGAAUGCACCCAGGAUGAGAGCACAGCAGCGGCUAUAUUUACUGUACAGAUGGAUGACCAUCUUGGUGGAUUUGCAGUCCAGUAUCGGGAACUUCAAGGUUAUGAAAGCAACACUUUUCUUGGCUAUUUUAAAAAUGGAAUAAAAUAUCAGGCUGGUGGGGUGGCCUCUGGCUUCACCCAUGUGGUUACCAAUGAUCUUUCUGCUAAGAGACUUCUACAUGUUAAAGGACGCAGGGUGAUCCGAGCUACAGAGGUGCCAUUCAACUGGUCCAGCUUUAAUACGGAGACUGCUUUAUCAUCGAUGUUGGAGCUGAAGUUUAUCAGUGGUGCGGUGCAAAAUGCAACAAGUAUGAGCGCCUCAAAGCCUCACAGGUGGCCAAUGGCAUUCGUGACAAUGAAAAGGAAAGGCAGAGCUAAAGUCAUUGUUGUGGAAGAUGGGAGCGAGCCAAGCGCUGUGAUGAAGAUUUUAGGUGAAAAACCCAAGCUUCCUGAAGGCGAUGACGACACGGAUCAUGUGGCAGAUGUCAGCAACAGGAAAAAAGCCAAACUGCACAUGGUUUCUGAUGCAAGUGGUUCCAUGAAGAUCACAGUGGCUUCAGAAGAGAGUCCUUUCUCCAUGUCCAUGCUCCUGCCAGAGGAAUGCUUCAUUCUCGAUGCUGGAGAUAAGAUCUUCGUCUGGAAAGGCAAACAGUCCAAUAAGGAGGAGAAGAAGACGGCACUGAAGACGGCUGAAAGUUUUAUCAAGCAGAUGAAUUAUUCCGCCAAUACGCAGGUAAGUGUCUGUGAGGGAGGAGGGGAGACUCCGAUGUUCAAACAAUACUUCAGGGACUGGAAGGACAAGGAGCAAAGUCAGGGAUUCGGGAAGGUGGUGACCACGGGAAGAAUUGCAAAAGUGAAUCAAACUCCAUUUGAUGCCAAAAUUCUGCACCAAUCGCCGAAAAUGUCCGCACAAUACAACAUGCUGGACGAUGGGUCCGGAAAGGUGGAGAUUUGGCGCGUUGAAGACACCGGAAGAGUCCCGGUAGAGCCUGAGGCCUAUGGACAGUUCUUUGGCAGAGACUGCUACAUCAUUUUGUACUCUGGAGCUAAAGGAACCGUCAUUUAUACGUGGCAAGGAAACAAGGCCAGCAAAGAUGAGAUUACAAUGUCCGCCUUCCUCACUGUGCAACUGGACCGCUCUAUGAAGGCUGGAGCAACACAUACUCGGGUUGUCCAAGGAAAGGAGCCUCCUCAUUUGUUGGCCAUAUUCAAAGACAAACCCCUCAUCGUAUACAAAGAUGGAAGCUCAAGGAAAGGCAGCCAAGCUCCACCUCCUGCAGUACGAUUGUUUCAAGUGCGGAAGAAUUUGGGAUCCAUUACAAGGAUCAAUGAGGUCGAUGCCGAUGCCAGCUCUUUAAAUGCCAAUGAUGCUUUCGUCCUGAAAAUACAAAGUAACUCUGCUAUCAUGUGGAUCGGAAAGGGUGCAAAUGAGGAAGAGAUAAAAGGAGCGGAAUAUCUGGUGAAAGUUCUGAAGUGUAAUGUCACAAAUGUGUCCGAAGGCAAAGAGCCGGAUGUGUUCUGGAAAGGUCUGGGGGGUAAAAAGAACUAUCAGACUUCUCCUCUCCUGGAAACGCAGUUUGAAAAUAACCCGCCAAAACUUUUUGGGUGCUCCAAUAAAACCGGGCGCUUCGUGGUUGAAGAGGUACCGGGAGAAUUUACACAGGAAGAUCUGGCAGAGGAUGAUGUAAUGAUGUUGGAUACUUGGGAACAGAUAUUUAUUUGGAUUGGAGAUGACUCAAAUGAGGUUGAGAAAAAGGAAUCAUUGGUAGCAGCCAAAAGAUAUCUGGAAAGUGACCCAAAUGGAAGAGACAAGAACAUCCCAAUCACUGUGGUCAAACAAGGAUUUGAACCUCCAACAUUUACUGGCUGGUUUCUGGCCUGGGAUCCCAAAAAAUGGCAGAAGUGA